AUGCCCGUCUCCCAUCUGACCUUGACCGUCUCGCACCUUCCCACCUCUACUUCGUUCUUCCUCUCUUGCCUUCAGCCCCUCGGAUACCAAUUCAUUGGUCGUCAUGACGACUUCAUCGGAUUUGGACAGAAGCAGGGUGAACCGGCGGACUUUUGGAUCACCGAGAAAAAGCCUGGUGUUCUUCCCAGUGCCGCCCAUGUAGCAUUUCCUGCACCGUCCAAGGACGCUGUGACCGCAUUCUUCCACUCGGCGAUUCAAGCUGGUGGACAAUAUCAUGGCGAGCCGCGAACCCGCGACUCUCAGACUGGAUAUUAUAGUGCUGCGGUCAUCGACUUUGACGGAAAUAGCAUCGAGGCAGUCUACCGACCCGAAGCCGCCGCCGCCUCAGUCGCGGCUUCGAUGGCCGGCGGUCCAACGAUCGGUCUGCUCGAGAAUGGCUCCGCCGCGUCCAAGGCAGGUUCUGUCGUGUCCAAGGCGGGAUCCGUCGCGUCCAAGGCACCGACCAUCAAAUCGCGUGCAAUAUCGAAACCACCGACUGUGAUCGAAAGAAGCGUGUCGGCUCCGUCUGUCGUAUCUGUGAAAUCGACCGGGUCGGCUCUGGCUUACGGCGCACCACCACCACCCCCGGCAGCAGCCCCCGCUCAAAAGGUCGAUGAUGGUAGCAAAGUCGCCAAAACGAUCAUCGGCACACUGAUCGGAGCUGCAGCUGGUGCAGCCGUUGCGUAUGCGAUGGUUCGAGGCGAAAAUGAGUCCAAGGACUCUGAAACGAAAGAGGCAUCAGUGCCUCCCAAUCUGCACCAGUACGCUCCCAACCUGCUGCAAUUGAUGGCCCCUCCCUCACAGGUUUCAGAGGCAAGAUCGCAAGGAGAAGACGCGCCCCGGGCCAUUGAAGCUCCUCCUGCGCGCAGCGUCUACACGUCCGCGUCCGCUGCUCGAUCGACGGCGUCCCGAAGCGUCAUGUCCAAGAAUCCCUGGGCCAGCACUGUCUAUGAGGCCACUGAAUACUAUCAAGAUGACAGAGGUCGCCGUGCCUCAGACGGGGGCAGUGUCUACUCGAUCCCGGAGGAUGCGCCUCUCCGUGCGAUUGAGUACCCUCCACGCAGCCACGCCUCCCAACAACGCUAUCCAUGCAACCCCAGUACCUUCAUCAGCAGUUACGCAGCGGACAAGCCCCGCGCAGGCAGUGUGCAUUCAUCUGCCUCGACCAUCAAGACAUCCGCCUCCCAUCGCCGCCAUAGUACCGAUGACGGCUACUCGGAGCACACGCGGACCGUCUAUCGUGCGUCCUCCUCCCACAGUGUGCACACCGUAAAGUCCCAUGCGCCGUCCAAAGCCGACGGCGGUGCAGAACCCGCCGCCGGUGCCAGCAGCACGGUAUCCUCAUCUCGCUCUGCGCGUAAUGUCCCCUUGCCCGCUAGUUCCUCGGGUACCUUCUACAGCGCCGCACCCAGCCAAGCCGGAAAGUCAGCCGUGUCCGCUCGCAACGUUCCACUCCCAGCUGGCUCCUCGGUCAACUCCUUUUACAGUCCCGCCGCCAGUCAAGCGCCGCGAUCGCACAUUUCCGCACGCCAUGUGCUUUUGCCCGAGAGUGUGAUUGACGUGGAUGUUGAUUCCAACGUCACUCCGGACGAUUCCAUCAGUCAGGUCGGCGGCAGUCGGUCAGGCCGAUCAAGUCACUCUCACCACACCAAACACUCGAAGCAUUCGAAGCAGUCAAAGCACGCCCAUUCUCACGUGUCAGGACAUUCGUCCAAAUCCAGGAUGGAUGAGCCUGUGAGACCAGCAGACAGUGUCAGCCAAGUUUCCAGAGCGUCGCACCGUACGAUGAAGGCGGGUGGCUCAAAGGUUGAGAGUCGACGUGGUACCGAAGUCAUGGUCUGA